UCGAUCAGUAUCGUUUUGCAGUUGGUUUGUGACGGUCGUGCGCUUAAAGCAAGCUCAUUCUUCCUCCGGCUACAACGACAACGAGCGACGGAUUUUACACAGCUAAAAGGGUGUUUGCCAACAAUCCGUCUGAACCACCCGGAAAGCGCAGUUCUCCCGCACCUCUAGUGCCUUUCGGCGUUUCGAAGCGCUCUUACAGUUCGCUACAGUCCACCGAAGAAGGAAGGUUGCGUUCAGCGAUAUCCAGCAUCAGCGUACAAUAAUUCGCUCAAAAUGGCACAGAUUUUAACAAACAUAUACGACUGGUACAGAGACCUCAUGGACAAUCAGAGCGAUCCCCGCGUCGCUGAUUGGCCGAUGAUGUCUUCACCUUUACCCACUCUAGGCCUUUGCAUAUUUUAUGCCUACUUUAGCAAAUCGCUAGCACCAAAGCUGAUGGAGAAGCGAAAACCAAUGGACCUUAGGAAUACUCUAGUAAUUUAUAAUCUCUUCCAAACCAUCUUCAGCACGUGGAUAUUCUACGAGUAUCUACAGAGUGGAUGGGGAGGACGAUACAGCUUUAGAUGUCAACCCGUCGACUACUCGGACAAUCCACUCGCUCUAAGGAUGGCCCGGACGUGCUGGUGGUACUACAUCUCGAAAUUCACCGAGUUCUUCGACACGCUGUUCUUCAUCCUCCGGAAGAAGACUCAGCACGUCUCGACGUUGCACGUGAUCCAUCAUGGCUGCAUGCCGUUCUCGGUGUGGAUGGGAAUGAAGUUCGCGCCAGGUGGCCAUAGUACGUUCUUCGCGAUGCUGAACUCGUUUGUACAUAUUGUAAUGUACUUCUACUACAUGGUCGCAGCCCUGGGCCCGAAGUACCAGAAGUACAUCUGGUGGAAGAAGUAUUUGACUGCAUUCCAGAUGGCCCAGUUUGUUGCCAUCUUUACGCACCAGUUCCAGCUGCUGUUCACCGACUGCGACUACCCGAAAGGUUUCAUGGUGUGGAUCGGUCUGCACGGUGUCAUGUUCCUGUUCCUGUUCUCCGAUUUCUACAAGCAGGCGUACAACAAGCGGAUCGGCCGGGCCAAGCGGGAAGCGGAAGCGCUGAACGCAAAGGCGCACGCCAACGGCAAGCUGCACAAUGGCGAUGUGGUCAACAACAAUCAGGGUGCCUGCAUGCCCGUUCUAAACGAUGACGACGAUCUACACCAGCGGAAGGUGACCGCGAACGGAAUCUACCUGAACGGUGGUGCCAAAACGGCGAAUUCCUACAGCAAUGGCAAUUCGAACGGUUUUGUCGAAUCGAUCCAACAGUCAAACGGUAGCAUCGGAGACACCGGUGUAGCACGGGUCCGGAAAAUACAAUAACGCUAGCAACAACCAGCAGCAUCGGCAGCCAUCGGUGGUUAGCAUCAUCAUCAGUAUCAUCAUCAUCAUCGUCAUCGUCAUCGGUAGAGCGGCAAUCUCACUAUGGGCCGUGAUCCCGCAUCCUUCAUCGUUAUAUCAUCCCCUAUCAUCGUCCCCCACGAUCCCCAAUCGGUUGGUGAACCUCAACGGUUCUCCAUCCACCGGAUUGCACACCGCGACUCGACGGGAGUCUACUUAUUGGACAGCAAGGAACAGUGUGCUCAUAAACGCUCGGGAAUGCUAUACAGUAGCAGCUUUCUCUCAUUAGACGGGCUCUCGAUUAUCAUCGCGACCGUCACCGCCAUCCGGUGAUGGCGAUGGGCGUAAGAUUGUUCACAGCAAGGACUGCACAAGGGAUCGAAAGAAAAACAAAAGCAAAAUUCUUUAAUACCAUGCAUCACCUUGAAGACCAGACUGACAACGAUCCAUCGCGGGGUUCGCUAACUGAGAACGCCAGCGAUCAGCGAUCAGCAUUCGCGGAAAUCAUUCUGAUGGCGCGCUCAAUUGCGACGAUGGCGAUACCGAAGCGAUCAGCCAAAGUGCUUGAUGGAAGUGCGGUAGCGGUGAUGCCUCAUGUGAUUGCAAACAAAACAAAACAUAAACAAAGAAGAAAAUGCAAACAAUCGGGCUUCUGUCGUAUUAUUAGAAAGGUUCGAUUCCAUAGAUCAACUACGAAACAAGAUAAAAUCCUUAGGUAAAAUGUAUUUUUUGGAGUAUUUUACAUGGUCAUGAAGUGUGCAAGGUUAGAGAACUAGAGAGGAGAGUAGGAGAAAGAAAUUGAAUGGCUUCACGUCGAAAGGAGAUUUUGUGCAUACGAAACCGUAGGGAUAUGGUAUAGUCAGUCAGUGGUGGGGAUUUGUUUUCUUUUGCCUUUUGUUUCGUUCGUUUAUUUGUUUGUUGUUUAUGAGACAAAAUGUGUACAGCGUACAGCGGUAUCCGUGUCUAGGCAUCAUUUGCUGUCGGAACUUGAGGUUGGCUUCAUUAGACACACAAAAAAGAGCGAUGCGUAAUAUAAAACAAAGAGAUAAUAGGAAUGAAACUGAAUGGUUGAACAAAACAACCCCAAUAGGAGAGCCGGUUAGAAAAAAUUAUUCAUUCUAUAUGCGUUUGGAAAACAUUAGACGAGCAAACAUGAAAAAUUUAAUUCUCGAAACAAGCAAAACAAAUAACGAACAAAUCAAAAAACCCCUAUCGAUGUAUGUGAUUGUACGUGGUUUCUUUCCACGAUGCGAUUAGUUUGUACAGCGGCAUAAUAGCGAUAGAAUAGGUAGGAAAGUGCUGGUUUUUUCGGUGGUGGUGGUGAUUACAGUGUUAGUUGACAGACAGAGAAAGUCAAACCCAUCAGAACAAUUGUACCGAUGCCCGGGGUUCGAUCGGGGAAUCGGAGCAGCAAAAGCAUUUGAGCAUAGGAUCUGUUUGUAGAGAGUAUGUAUGUAAAACGAGCAACAAUGAGACAACGUGAAACGUUUGUCGCUACUCAGGCUCGCCGCUACGCGUUGCCUUCUCGCCUCCAAUUAUGAGUUUGUUCUUACUCGCCAGCAACAAAUAGAUGGUUUGGUUAACUUUUAA